AUGUCGACGGACGAGUCAGCCCCCACCGUGGCCACUGCGGUGACGGCAGAUGAAAGUGCACUCGCCGUCCCCGCCGCUCCGGGCACUUCUCCCGACAAGCGCGCUCGCAAACGGAAACUCGAUGUGGAUACGUCUUUGAUCAUUACGGAGGGCCGACGACGACGACGGUCGCCGAGCCCCGCGCAUGAUGUCAAGCCCGACCUUGAUCCUCGUGAUCCCGAGCGCGCAAAGACUCUAGGCUUGCAGCUGCUGGCCAGAAUCAUGGCCAUGAAAGACUCAAAUGGUGAUGAAAUGGCCCAGCCCUUCCUCAAGCUGCCAAACAAGCGCCAGUUCCCAGACUACUACGAGACCAUCAAGCAUCCCCUGUCACUGGAACAGGUGCGCGACAAGCUGGAUAUUGCCAAAUACAAUCAACUGCGAGACGUCUGCAAUGAUCUAGGUCAAAUUUGGAACAAUGCCAAGCGCUACAACAUGCGCGAUUCGACAUUAUUCCAAUGGGCCAAGAAGCUGCACAAGAUAACUCGGACUUUUUACAACCACCAUGUGUCGGGCAAGGAGGAAUCCGAGAGCGAGGAAGAAGCGCCUGCACCACCACCACCGCGCCAACCAACGACUGCGGACGCGGACGCGGCCGACGACGUGGAGGACGAAGCCGACAACGCAACGGCAGGACCAUCCACACCUGCCGAAGAGUCUGCAGCUACUCCAAAGGCCACGGGACGCAAGCGCGGAAGUUACAUGAAGGACGGACCAACAGUGUACAAACUGAUCAAGCCAUGUAUGAGGGCCAUUAAGGAGGCCAAGGCGGAAGAUGGCUCGGAUCGCGAUGUGGCGGACAUUUUCCUCACACUUCCUGACCGCAAGGAGUUUGCGGACUAUUACAAGACGAUAAAGGACCCAAUCUCUCUGGAUGAGAUUGAGCAUCGCAUGGUCUCUAGACGAUAUGACUCGUCAGACCUGUUCUUUGCCGACGUCGAGCUCAUGUGUGACAACGCCAUGGCGUACAACGAAGACGAAAGCGAGGUGUGGAGCGACGCGCACCAGAUCCGAGGUAUUGUCGCCAUGCACCGCGAGCUUGUCAAGGAGAGGCUCGCUCAGCCAAAGGGCCACGUACCACCCAAACCCAGAACUUCAACAACAAUCACGCCUGCUCGACCCGCACCUCUCCCCAACAGUCAGGCGCAACCCGGCGUCAUGCGGCCUCCUGAAAUCCGUUCCACCUACACACAAUCGUCUUACAACGCAUACAGCACGCCUCCAAGCCACCACCCGCCACUGCCCAACCAUUCACCUGCUGCUCCUACCGCACCGACACCAGCACCCUACCUGCCUCAACUUCCCCAUGGCGUCGUGACCGAAGAGGUCGUGUCUUCUCUCGACCGCUACCCAGCCGUUGAACAACAAGCAUGGGUUGCGUCCCUCCCACCUUUUGCGCAAAGCAUCUACCGCCAGAUGGCCGCUGUCAAUGAGGCUCGCAAGCGCGGUGUUGCGCCACCAGCACCACCCCCAAUGUCUCCCUCUAAAGACGUCCCUCUUUCACGGUCCCCGGCGAUUAAACACAUCGACUUGACUUACGGCCAGUCUUCGUCAACAUCAACAGCACUGGCACUCUCGCUCGCCCCGACGCUGUCUGCCGAACCUUCCCCCGCUCGCCAGUCCAUCAGGCUACAGAACCUCCGUGGCAUCAUGACCCACGCUGUAUCGGUGUCGCAGGACACGGCCCAGCUCGAAGUAACGGCCUGGAUGGACCACGCCGAGGCUGCUAGCCCUGGAUCCUCCCAAAAGGACGCAGCCUCCCCCGAUGUUAUCCUCAAGGUAAACGGCGCGCCCGCGCCCCGCCCAACUGUCAUCUACGGCACCGAGACUCACAAGGACCGCCCUACGGCUGUGCGCUGGACGGUCAAUGUUCGGGGCCUCGAGACCAAAAUUGAGGUCGUAGCAACAAGACCUGGCUGGCUGGCUGAAACGAGCGCGAUUUUCGUCAACAAGCAGUUCUAG